CAAAGGAUUAAUUUAGCUGUUGGUUAGAUGCUGUUGAGCAGACCCUUGUGCAUUACCUGAGAAAACAAACUUGAAAGUUUGACAAUUGUUUUGCACAAUUAAUCUUUGAAACAAGAAGACCAACUUGCACAGUGAUUCUCAAGAGGCAGCUAUACAUAGUAACUUUGCAGACACAGCAAUGAGUAACUCCAGUUCCCCUGCUUCAGAUCAUACACAAAAACUGAAAGGUAAGAAACAAAAACGAGAGAAAAGAUCCAUUCUGCAAGAAGAAAAUGAAGAUGGCUCUUUUGGGGAGGUUGCAGAGGAGAAUCAGUCACACGAUCAAUCCAGUGAAGUUGUUCCAUACAGUGAAACAGAUGUUAUGAACAGAGAAGAGGCACAUCCAACUGUGUCUGAAAAUGGUGCCUGCUUGUCUCCCUCCCACCCAAGAUGGUGGACACUGGGCAUCCGAAAAGAUGAUGAAUUCUUCCAUUUUAUUAUUCUUUGUUUUGCUGUUGGGACCUUAUUAGUUUGCUAUUACAAAUAUAACGAUUGGACAGUUUCUCUUGGUAUUGGUUUGAUGACCUUUGCAGGUUUAGAAACAACUGGAAUAUAUUUUGGUCUUGUGUACCGCAUUCGAAGCAUCCUGGAAGGGUUUAUUCCUCUGCUUCAGAGAAUCAGAACACCAGGUUUCAAAAAGGUUAACUAAUGGAAGACUUCAAGGCAGCCCCACAAAGCCUGUUUGUUUGCUUACUGGACUGAAAUGUUUCCAGGGUUCCCGUCUGAUAACUAUAGUUUCUCAGUUGGAGCAAAGAACUCUACAACAAUGGCUCUUUUUAUUCCUCUUGAUGUACGUUGUAAUAUAUGGGAUGUGUAUGUAAAAAUGUUUCUUCUAUUGAGCACAGUUGCUGGGGUUCACAUUUCUUUCCUCUUUCAGUUAUUCAGCUGUGCACAAAGUUUCUCACACAGGGCACUGCAUGUUUUUAACAUCAUUUAGAGCCAUGCUUCUCAGUCUUUAUUGUACUUCAGCAUCCCUGAAAUCUGAAACACUUGAAGGGCUGAUGUUUAAGAAUCACUGGUCAAGAUAUAAAACCACUAUCCUAGCAUCUGCUGUGUUCAUAAUUGCUCAUUAUGCAUAACAUGGCCACCACCAUUUUGAAGUGUUACACAAUGCAUAGUGCAUGUAGUGGCCAUCAAGGUGAUUAAACAGUCCUCAGCCUUUGAGGGCUGCAUUGGAAAAGUCACCCCAUCCAUUGCACAUAAACAGUUAGUACAUGGGGAAAUUUGAAUGAGGCCUUGAUAUAUCCACCUAAAUGUACACAAUAGCCGAGAGCCUUUGUAGUUGAAUAAUGUCCAUUUCUUGUAUAAUGGAGCUUCUAUAAAUAUCCCUGGUGGGCUGUGUUUCCUCUUGCCAUCAUGCUGAAGACUCAUAUUCAGACCUAGUUGUCACUAACACAGGGAAGACAUGUAAGAUAAAUCUAUGCUACUUACUGUAAACAAUAGCUGAUACAUAAUGCUUUCAUUUUAAGUGUUAUUUGUAAGGGGAAGGCAGACAGAAGUCUUUCCCCCAUCUCUCUUCAAGGAGCAGCAUUUUCAAAACCACCUGUUGUUCCUGCACUUAUUUGGCUUCAACUGCAUUAAUAAUACCCAAUCUAUGUUAUGAGAGUGAACUGAAGUCCAACAAUGUCCUCAGAUUGUGCAUAAAUUGGCAUGCAUGGCAUUAGGGUGAACCCUUGUUAGGCCCAUUUCAUUCACAGUUGUUCUGGCAAAACACAAGCAGGACAAAUCUUCAGUUGGGAGCAAAACACUCUUAAGAGGGCUGGAGGAAAAGUAAGAACCCUAUGAUGUAUGUAA